AUGAGUGCUAAGUUACCUAUUUUAAAAGUUGGAACCCCAGCCGCAGACAUUGUUAUACCUGGUGUAAAACAAUUUAUAUGGACAGACGCGCAAGAGAAGUGCAAAAUUGGUGAAGGAAGUUUUGGUGAUGUAUAUUCAGCUAAAUUUAAGGGCAGACUCGUUGUAUUAAAGAAAUUAAAAUGCCAGAAAAAACAACGAGACAAACUAUUAUUUACCAAAGAGCCAAAGAUUGCACAAGAUAUUAUCACAGCGAUUGCCUACCUUCACAAGCGAAACAUCGCCCACAGAGACAUUAAGGCUGCAAAUAUUCUGGUUUCCAACACUCACUAUUCUCAAUUGACAGAUCCUGACGAAAUGGAAAAGGCCUGGUCAAAAGAGAAUAUAAUUUGCAAACUGGCUGACUUUGGGGAAAGCCGUUCAAUUAUGAAUCAAACUGCUACACUUAAUCACACCAGAACUAAAAAUCUUGAAAGGGGAACACUUGUUUAUAAUGCACCAGAGGCAUUGCUAAUCUCUGACCAAACUAUUUCUUUUUCCUUAGAAGAACUGAAACAGUCUGACAUUUGGUCUCUUGGUAUGGUGUUGUUUCUUUUAGUUAAUCCUGAUGUUGAAUACCCAUAUUCCCAAGAGAUAGAAGAAUGUGGUUUCGAAAGCUUUUCAGAAGUAAAGGAUGAACUUCGAAAGCUAAUGGAGCAAAAAAAGAAACCAAGACACUCUGUAGAAUAUGAUUCCCUUCGUCUAACCCAGUGGUCAAAGAUUAGCAAAGCUUUUGAAGCUUGUUCAUCUUUUAUACCAAGUGAAAGAGUUUCUGCUGAAGAAGCAUUAACCAUUGUGUGCCCAGAUUGUGAGUCUAGUGGGGAGGCAUUGGCAGUUAUCCCUGCACCUGAGUGUUUAAUUAAUGUUAACAAGGACCCAAGUUCCAGUAAACAUGGCAGCACCAUCUCAGCACCUGAGUGUUUAAUUGAUGUGAACAAGGACCCAAGUUCCAGUAAACAUGACAGCACCAUCUCAGCACCUGAGUGUUUAAUUGAUGUUGACAAAGAUCUUAAAGAGAUGGAAUCCAUCGAUGUUGCUGAGAAUAGAGAUGGUAUCACAGAAGAUGUACAUUCUUCAAGGUAUAAAAUACAUUUCGUCUCCUACUAUAACCACUGCACAAAUUGUGAGUGUUUGUCAUAUGUUUUAAUCCUUCAUGUCACUUCAGUUGGAUAUGAUGUAGCCACCAUGCCAUGAUCAAUUAUUGACUGUACCUUAAUAUCAAAAACAACCCUAGCCUCUUGCAUGGAGUUGUCAAAUAUCACCUGAACCUGUUUGUAAAAGCAUAUAUGAAGGGAAAAUGUGCUAUUUCUUGUUGAUUUUAUUGAAUGUACCCCCUGAAAAAAAAUUUAAGACAUUGACAUAGAUAGAAGAUAGACAGAUAUAUAUCAUUAACCAUAUGUUUUAGUAUUCCGGGUUUUAGAGAUUCCUGGUUUUAG